AUGCCGCUGCCGGUGGCGGUGCCGGUCCCGCUGCCGCCGCUCCCCCCCGCAAAAUGGUCGCGCUCGCCCCGCCGAGAGGAUGCGAGCGGGGGGGCGGCGCCGCCGACCCCGCCGGCCACGCCCCCCUCUCCCGCCGAUUGGUCGGAGGCCGCGAGAGCCCGCGCCCCAUUGGCUAGUUCGAACCAUCACGGCGCGCAGGGCCCGCCCACUGUCCCCGCGGGGAGGGCGGGCAGCGCGGCCCGCACGCGGCCGAGCCCCGGCGGCAGAUUCGCCACGGGCUCCCGGUGCCAACGCGGCUCCUCCGCGCCCCGUCCCGCCGCUCCCGCCGCGCCCGCCGCGUCCCUCCCUCACCGGCGGCACGCUGAAAUUUUUUCCCCGUUUCUCCGUGGAUUUUUCGGGGCGUUUCGGCGCCUGAAGGCCCGAGGCGCAGAUUCGCCGCGCGGGCCCGGCGCGGUUUUGGAGGGAAAAGGCGGCCCCGGCGCGGGCGCGGUGCCGCUCAUUUUUAUGAUUAAAAACCGCAAAAAAUCCCCCUCAGAGGCAGAUUUUGACACCAGCACUGCUGUCACCACCGGCACUCCUCCCCGUGCCGGCGGGCAGGAGCGAUCAUCCCCAUCCAGGACGCAGCAAUUCCUACUCCUGUCUCCCAGUGAAGGAGGUGAAAAAAAAACCCCAAUUAUUGAAGGCUUUUCGCUGAAACCCAAACCCAAAACGCCAGCAGGGUGCUGGUGUUCCGCCAGCAAAUCCUGGACCAGCAAACCCAGAACUGAACCCACAAAGCUCCAGCCCCGAAAUGUGAAUUUCCCAACAAUUCUCCUCAAUUUCCACCAAUUUUUUUUUGCCCAGAACCCAAAUUCUCCUCAAUUUCCACCAAUUUUUUUUUUGCCCAGAACCCAAAUUCUCCUCAAUUUCCACCAAUUUUUUUGGCCAGAACCCAAAUUCUCCUCAAUUUCCACCAAUUUUUUUGGCCAGAACCCAAAUUCUCCUCAAUUUCCACCAAUUUUUUUUGCCCAGAACCCAAAUUCUCCUCAAUUUCCACCAAUUUUUUUUGCCCAGAACCCAAAUUCUCCUCAAUUUCCACCAAUUUCUUUUUGCCCAGAACCCAAAUUCUCCUCAAUUUCCACCAAUUUCUUUUGCCCAGAACCCAAAUUCUCCUCAAUUUCCACCAAUUUCUUUUGCCCAGAACCCAAAUUCUCCUCAAUUUCCACCAAUUUCUUUUGCCCAGAACCCAAAUUCUCCUCAAUUUCCACCAAUUUUUUUUGCCCAGAACCCAAAUUCUCCUCAAUUUCCACCAAUUUUUUUGGCCAGAACCCAAAUUCUCCUCAAUUUCCACCAAUUUUUUUGGCCAGAACCCAAAUUCUCCUCAAUUUCCACCAAUUUCUUUUGGCCCAGAACCCAAAUUCUCCUCAAUUUCCACCAAUUUUUUUGUGGCUGCUCCCCACCACCAACAGCGGGGGGAAAGGGGCACCAGAGGGAAAUGGGGGGUGGUUCCUUCCUUUCCUUUUAUCCCAUAAAGUCUUUUUUUUUCCCUCCUCCUCCUCUUCCUCGGCCCCACUAAAGCAGCAGGGGGUUUUUAGGGAGCUGUUUCCUGCUGGAUGCAGCGGGAGCCUGCGAGGCAAUUCAGCAGCACUUGCCAAAAGGGGCCGGGGGGCCACAAAAGGGGUCCAGAGCCCCCUCCCCACCCUGCCCCACGAAGGGGCAGCACAAAUUGCAGCACACAUUUUGGGGUUUCUGCUGCACAGGGGGGACCCAGCAACUCCUGACCACAUUUUGGGGUCUCUGCUCCACAGGGGAGGAGAACCCAACUAG